GCGGUAUUCGGUUACUGUCGCGUGACCGUAUGCUACUUGACAAAGCAGGGACGCUUUCGCUGACGCGAGCCGAUGUUUCGUCUAGGUAGAAGUUUUCGCACAUCCACAAGAUACUUCAGCACACUCACUAACCUCGCUAUGUUUGCGAAAAGCGCUGUUUUACAGCGCUGUUGCUCCCGAUCGAUCGCGUGCUGGUUGGCGCAAUUUUGCGCGAUCUGUCCUCGAGUCCGUCGUUUUGGUCCGAGAUUGCGAGCAUAGGCCCGAUGGCGACUCUGGGAGGCUUGUUGACGUGUCGUAACCUUCGUUUAUUCCCCGAAAACCUAAUAGCUUUUUUCCGUUCCAAGGCAGCGACUUAUCGGCACCUAUAUAAAGCCUGGUGCUCGUUCCAUUCUUCACUGCAGCAGCUCACACAGCACACGACACCCACCCAGAGACAUCUGCCUGCAUUGUACUUGUCUCGUGCAAUGGCUGCUGCAGUUGCAUCGCGAUUGGCCCCACCGGAGCUGCACGCAAAGCCUGGGGCCCUUGCCCCCAGCGAUUUGGCAAUGUCCCGGCGUCGGCAGAUCCAGGCACCCAUCUCAACAACGCCUCAAGAUGUGCUGCAGCCCGAUGCUCACAACGAGCAUGAUCCCCACCGGCUCCCUGACUUUGACGAAAUGGGUCUUGCGGCUCCGCCACACCCCAUCUUAUACCUCCCGCCACUGCUCUCAAAGCUUCCCGAGGGCUAUUCGCAUUACCACGAGCCCUCUGGAAGAUUCAAGCCGUUGUCCACUGAGACACACCUCCCAGAUAUUGACUCUGUCAGUCUGUCGCUGCAUAAGGCUUUGCACAAGUUCCAUCCAGUAACAGACGAGUACGCGGAGACGCCUUACGAGGAAGCAUUCAACUGGAGCGAGCUCGAGCUUCCGGAAAAUGCCGAGCGUGAAUGGUACGCGGUUUCAUUCCGCAGCAAGCGGAAAGAGGGCAGCGAUGGUGGACCAUUGUAUGAGGCUGACAAACAGGCUCACGAAGAGGCCGUGCGGAACGGAGGUCUCAUCCUCUAUUGGUACGGCAUUCCCCAUCCCAAGACAGGACUCAACCUGGCGACGUGCAUCUGGCAGUCUCGCGCACAUGCUAUUGCCGCGCAUUCAGGCCCACAUCACAUCUCUGCGAUGCGGCUAGCUGCAGCAUCGUAUGAGCGGUACGAGCUGCGCCGCUAUCGUAUAAGCAAGGUCAAGGGAGAGCGUGCGCUCUCCGUGGAGCCAUACGACGGCGGGGAUGUCGGCUGGUAGAGUUAGUGGGAGGGGGUUCAUCCAGCUACAGAUUCGGGAUCUGUUUUCGAUGCUGUGCUCAUUCAUCGCUCUGCACCGCUGCUCUGGCCUCUUAGUGCUAAUGGGAUAUAUAACCACCAUCCACGUAACCGUAUUAGAUGCUCCAAUUCCAUACCCAUAUUAUC